AGGUAGAGGCACUGAGGCACGCGUCAUACGUGGUCUCAUACGUGUCUGUACCCUGUAAUGCCCUGUAUACGCCGAUCCGCGCCCCGAUCGUUUUGUUGUUGCGUACGUGUUAGCGUGUUGCGUCAGUGAGUGCAAUGUCGAGCCGAGCCUUUUUCGGGUGAUUCGCGCCAGCUAAAGGUCAAGUGAUUUUCGUGGCAUGUGACGUACAACCGGAAAAUGGCCGAGUCCGAGCAGAGAGGUAAAGACGGUUGUAACACGGCGUCAUCGAAGGAGACGAUGGUGAAGCAAGAGAAGCGCGAUACGCUGACGAACGGCGGGAAGGGCUCCGGUGAUGACGCGGACAGCUUCGAAGAGCUGCCGCUUGACAUUGGCGAGCAUUACCUCGUCCGCAGGUCCGACGACUCCUGGCAUCCCGCUGAAAUCAUUCAGACGCGUUAUAAUGAAAAUGAAAGUCACUACGAAUAUUAUGUCCACUACGACGGACACAACAGAAGAUUGGACGAAUGGGUACCACGUGACAGAAUCAUGUCCAGCAGAUUUGAUAUGAGUGAAAUAGAGCGGCACGAUAGGAGUUCCGCGACUGAUCUGCUGGCAGAUUCUUCCGAUCGAAAAAUCACUAGAAAUCAAAAGAGACGUCACGAUGAGAUUAACCAUGUGCAAAAAACUUAUGCAGAAAUGGAUCCUACUACAGCCGCAUUGGAGAAGGAACACGAAGCUAUAACAAAAGUCAAGUACAUAGAUAGAAUACAGAUUGGUAAGUACGAGAUUGAUACUUGGUAUUUCAGUCCAUAUCCAGAGGAAUAUGGCAAACAAACAAAACUCUGGAUCUGUGAAUAUUGUUUAAAGUACAUGCGUCUCGAGAAAACUUAUCGAUAUCACAUGAGUGAAUGUACCCACAGACAGCCAGUUGGCAAGGAAAUUUAUCGAAAAGGAACAUUGAGCAUUUGGGAAGUAGAUGGCAGGGAACAUAAAAUUUAUUGUCAGAAUCUAUGUUUGUUAGCUAAAUUGUUUUUGGAUCACAAAACCCUUUACUUCGACGUAGAGCCGUUUCUCUUUUAUAUUUUAUGCGAGGUGGAUAAGCACGGGGCACAUUUAGUUGGCUAUUUUUCAAAGGAGAAAGAAUCACCCGACGGUAAUAAUGUAGCAUGUAUUUUAACUCUGCCACCUUUUCAAAGACAGGGCUAUGGUAAAUUGCUGAUAGCUUUCAGCUAUGAAUUAAGUAGAAUUGAACAAACAGUUGGAAGCCCAGAAAAACCUUUAAGCGAUUUAGGAAAGUUAUCUUACCGCAGUUAUUGGAGUUGGAUUCUAUUGGAAAUCCUUCGAGAUUUUAGAGGGACUCUUAGUAUUAAAGAUCUUAGUCUAAUGACCAGCAUCUCGCAAACUGAUAUCAUCUCGACAUUACAAAGUAUGAAUAUGGUUAAAUAUUGGAAAGGGCAGCAUGUUAUUUGCGUCACACCCAAAUUAGUGGAAGAACAUAUAAAAAGCAGCCAGUAUAAGAGGCCGCGUCUUACAGUCGAUAGCAGCGCAUUGAGAUGGGGAGCGCCACCUCGGAAGAACGUAAAACCCGGCAAGAAAUAGUGUGCUUGGAUGGGCUGAUGUAAUGGUAUUUUUUUCACAACGAUUAUCCGGAUACUAUUUGAUAUAUCACCUUAAAGCUCGAUGUACUCUUUUAUAUUAAUUUAAUGGUGUGACAUUUAUAAAUUUGUAACGUAUCGUACAACGUACACAAACAAUACGCCAUUCGCCGAGUGAUUAGUCGAUGAGCAAUACGUGAUGUGCUUGAUAUGAUACGUGUUACUAAAAAGAAGCACAACUCUUCAAGUUUUGACGAGUAGGAUUCAUUAUUUCGGAAAAAGGUGUUGUUAAAAAUUAUCAAAAUUAAUUUUCCCGCUAAUAAAAGACGUAUAAACGUUCAUCUUCACAACUUGAUAACAGGCCUUUGCAAGUUUUAUUUACAAGUGCCGUUCCGGUAAACGAUACCAUGCAGUAUUAGACUAUUCUAAUUUAUGUAAACCAAAUAAAGAAUGCGUCUGCAGACAGAAA